AUGCCUGGCACUGAGAGGAAUCCACAGACCUUGUAUGACAAGGUUCUUUCGAAUCACAUUGUUGAUGAGAAGCUCGAUGGCACAAUUUUGCUGUAUAUCGACCGACAUUUGGUUCAUGAGGUGACAUCACCUCAAGCUUUUGAGGGAUUGAAGAAUGCCGGCCGAAAAGUUCGUCGACCAGACUGCACUCUGGCCACGACUGAUCACAACGUCCCCACCACUUCAAGAAAAGGCAUGAAAGAUAUUGCCACUUUUAUCGAAGAAGACGACUCAAGAACCCAGUGUGUCACCCUGGAAGAAAACGUUAAGGACUUUGGCUUGACAUAUUUCGGCCUCGGCGACAAGCGCCAGGGUAUCGUUCACGUCAUCGGCCCUGAACAGGGCUUCACUCUGCCCGGAACGACGGUCGUCUGCGGCGACAGCCAUACCUCCACUCAUGGCGCCUUCGGCUCCCUGGCCUUUGGCAUUGGUACCAGUGAGGUCGAGCACGUCUUGGCUACUCAGUGCCUGAUUACCAAGCGCAGCAAGAAUAUGCGAAUCCAGGUCGACGGCGAGCUUGCUCCUGGUGUGAGCUCCAAGGACAUAAUCCUCCACGCUAUUGGCAAGAUUGGCACUGCUGGCGGUACCGGUGCCGUUAUUGAGUUCUGCGGCUCUGUCAUUCGCGGCUUGAGCAUGGAAGCUCGCAUGUCUAUUUGCAACAUGUCGAUUGAGGGUGGUGCUCGUGCUGGCAUGGUGGCUCCCGAUGAGGUCACUUUUGAGUACCUCAAGGGCCGUCCCUUGGCGCCGAAAUAUGGCUCCGAAGAGUGGAACAGAGCAACUGCUUACUGGAAGGCUUUGCAGUCCGACCCCGGCGCAAAGUACGACAUUGAUAUCUUUAUUGAUGGCAAGGACAUCAUCCCAACUGUCACCUGGGGAACCUCUCCUGAGGAUGUCAUCCCCAUCACCGGCGUCGUUCCUGAUCCCGAGACGUUCGCUACUGAGGCUAAGAAGGUUACUGGCCGAAGAAUGCUCGAGUAUAUGGGUUUGACUGCCGGCACCCCCAUGGAGGAGAUUGUGGUUGACAAGGUGUUUAUUGGAUCUUGCACCAAUUCUCGUAUUGAGGAUCUGCGCGCUGCCGCCCACGUCGUCAAGGGCAAGAAGGUUGCUUCCAACAUUAAGCGAGCUAUGGUUGUUCCAGGCUCUGGACUGGUCAAGACCCAGGCUGAAGAUGAGGGUAUCGACCAGGUGUUCAUCGAUGCCGGAUUUGAGUGGCGUGAGGCUGGCUGCAGCAUGUGCCUAGGCAUGAACCCCGAUAUCCUCGCCCCUCAAGAGCGUUGUGCCAGUACUUCCAACCGAAACUUUGAGGGUCGUCAGGGAGCUGGUGGCCGAACUCACCUAAUGUCUCCCGUGAUGGCUGCCGCUGCCGCCAUUGUUGGCAAGCUUGCUGAUGUGCGCAAGUUGUCCAACUACACUGCCAGCCCGCAUGUAGAGGCUAGCAUUACUCCUUCCACACCGCAAAAGGCACAUAUCGACGAAAGGGUCGCCAACGACGCUCACGAGCGCGAAGUUAUUGGGGACCAGCCCGAAGACACGGAGCCUCACACCAACACGUCUGUUUCCGGAUCAAACGGUAGCUCCGCAAGCGCCGGGCUUCCCAAGUUCCUCAGCCACAAGGGCAUUGCCGCGCCCAUGGACAUGGCUAAUGUCGACACCGAUGCCAUCAUUCCCAAACAGUUCCUCAAGACCAUCAAGCGCACUGGCCUGGGCACCGCUCUCUUCCACGCCUUGCGCUACAACCAAGACGGCUCGGACAAUCCCGAGUUUGUCCUGAACAAGGAGCCGUACCGCAACGCGAAAAUCCUCGUCUGCACCGGUCCCAACUUUGGCUGUGGCUCAUCGCGAGAACACGCCCCCUGGGCUCUCCUCGACUUUGGCAUCAAGUGUGUCAUUGCUCCGUCGUUUGCCGACAUCUUCUUCAACAACACCUUCAAGAACGGCAUGUUGCCACUCAGAAUCGAGAACAAGAGUGACCUGGACGCGAUUGCCGACGAAGCCCGUGCGGGCCGUGAAAUCGAAGUCGACCUCCCCAACCAGCUGAUCAAGAACUCUGCCGGCGUGACCAUCUGCUCCUUUGACGUGGAGGAGUUCCGCAAGCACUGCCUGGUCAACGGCCUGGAUGACAUUGGCCUCACCAUGCAAAUGGAGGACAAGAUUGGCGAGUUUGAGAAGAAGAUGACGCAACACACGCCCUGGUUGGAUGGCACGGCGUAUCUGAAGAGACCUGGUCAGGGGGGGAAAUUGGCUGCCAAGGCGGUGCCGGUGCCCAAGACGAACAGGGGCGAGGAGAAGAAGGAACCGCUGGAGUGGUGA